AUGUAUUAUAGAUUACUCAAAAUAAUACUACUGACAUGUGUAACCGGACAACUACAGUUCAGCAAUGAACAACUACCACAGGAAUCAGAAAUUUACUUUGAAAAUCAAGGACCUAUAAAAAUUGUAACUACAAGAUGGGAACUAACCGGAUUCUUGGAUAUCACAUACUUUAGAACCCAAUACGAGACUAAUAAAAAAUAUUUAGACCUAGCGCAAGGGUUUUGCGAAAAUUUUAGUAGGAUUAAUAUAACAAAAGGCCAUUGUGACGAACUUUAUAUGACUGACUCUCAAGGGUCUCGCAAAGAAAAUAGAAUUAAAGGAAAAACUCCUUUUUGA